CUCUCUGUGAGCUGUCAGCCUUCGGAAGCUCGGUGGGCCCAGUCAAUAGCUUCCUGCUACCAGAGGGGAAGGGCCACUCUGCCAUGCCCGGGGCUUAAGGAGCUGCUACUCACAGCCACCCACCCACAGCCAUGUCACACUAUUACUACUUGGCCCCGGAAGUCCUGCUUCCUUUCAGCCCCCUCACUUCUGAGGAGUUCGACCUAAUCAGACGCAAGGCCCGAGAACAGUGGCAGGAUGAGACGAAGUGGUCUGCGGCUUCGGUGACAACCUACUCAGGCAGCUACCGGGAAAAACAACUGGACGAGGCCACCUGCAAGCAGCUGGCCCAGAGAUUAGGCCAGAAGCAGCUAGAGUGCAAACAGAUACUAUUGCCCAACAGCUUUGGCGACAGCACGCUCUCCUCCCAGGCUGCCCCCCUGAAGGCCGCAGAUGGCAAAGGAGGACACCCUGGAAGAGCGAAGCCCUCCUGUAACAUCGCGCCCAGCGUCAAGCACAGAGUGGCACACCAGGUUUGGGGUUCUCCAGACCCUGCCCCAAUACCUCUAGAUUACAAAGCGUCACGUAUAAGCCCAAGCGUAAAGCUCCAAAAGCCGGACUACGAUCUCCUCCUGAGUUACAAGGCUAGAGGGAAGAACCUCCUGAAGCAGUUUCAGCAACAAUGGGAUAAUGAAAGCAGGUUUGGCUCCUCGGAGAACUCAGAGACGGAUGGAUACUACCCCGAUUACAGUAUACACUCACUGGAGUCAUUCAAGUGACUUGAAGAAGGAAGACACAGACCUGGGGCCCCGAGUUUCUAUGUUAACCCAUUGAGACAGGAGGUUGGAGGAGGCCAUGGUGGGGUGUGCACCUACGGAAAACCUUGCUAGAAACUUCCUUGCGCUUCAUGUGUCGUUCCUUCGGGUGUGUGUGUGUGUGUGUGUGUGUGUGUGUG